AUGUUGUCGAAGGCUGGCGGCGUAGAGGAGGGACCAGGGUGUAUCGAACAAGGGUCGGAGCUGAAUAUUGAUGAGAUACGAGAGCAUCUGCGACUCCUCCUGGAUCUUAGCUCGCAGCUCCCUUCCAAGACAGUGCUUUCGCUAGGUGAUUCCACUGUCUUUCGCGACUCUUGCUCGGCGCUGGAGAAGGUGUUGACUGCGCCCACACGGAGGUAUGAUGACACGCAAUAUGAACUCUCAGAUAGGGUGGAUCCACGAGGAGACAUUGCUGAAGGCCAUCAAGAAGAAGCCACGCAUCCGGAAGCCAGCAGGGAAGAAGCACUUCAAUAUGACCGUGAGCUUUUGUUGGUUCUGGACCGUCUGACAAAAGCGAACGAGAACUUUCGACAGCGGAGAGUCGAGCAGCGUCAAAUUCACGAGCAGUACCAAAUCAGGUGCAAGGAGUUCUCAGCCCGGGUCUCAGAGCUAGAAGAUGAAGUGAAGUUGCUGUAUGUCCAAAUCAAUGCUCUCUUGUCCGCCCUUAUUAUUAUCUUCCCGUCUCCUUCCUCUUAA